GAUGGAGAGACGCGCGUGCUUCCUGCUGCCAACAUCCACUCCACUGUAUGAUUAAACUUGAUUCGGAUGCGCUUUGAAGGCGUGGUUUUAUCUCACUGACACGCGACUCUCAUUCUUUCAUUGAUAACCCGUCGAGUGGACUAUCCAGUGCACGAGCAGCGUGUCAAUGGCGCAUUAAUCAAAGGGAAGAAGAUGAUUUGAGAUAGACGCGCAUACCAGUUUACUGUAUAUUUGUGACAGGCACAGGAUUCAUUUUCUAAAUCAUUUAAGGGAAGAUUUGGAGGUGCCACCGUUGGAAUUUCAGACUUUGGAAUAUUUAAAUUUUUGAUCACAUAAAACGGAAUUGAUCAUGGAAAACGUACCAAAUGCCAAAAGGAUCGUGACUGUCCAAAUGAUGCCGCAGAUAGCCAGUAUAGAUGCACUGGGCAAUAAAGAGUUAAAUGCUAACUGGGACAUCGAGCCAAAGUUAAGCAUCAAACAGGAUUGCUCCUCUGGCCAGAAACCGAAAUCAGAUCAGGAUAAUAUGCACCUUAAGUCUUCCAUCAAAGAGCCCACAUCCCACAUCACAAUUUUGGGAGGAAAAAACACUUCAUCCCAUGGCAGUGAAGAUCACAGGCAACCUCAAAGUAGUCUUCCAGACAUGAAGACAUCUGAGAAGUGUGCCAGGAGCAACGAAGAUGAAAACAAAGAUUGUGAUGCUCUUUCCAAUUCUGAAACAUUGACUGUCCUUUGUGCUAAAAACCUGACCUCUGACCCAUCUACUGUUGCGUGUAAAGUCGACAAGGAGAAAAAUGGCAACAGCAAAACGAAGGCACUUGAAAAAGAGUCCAAAGCACAAAGCAGAGCAUCAGCGGUUGGAGAAUCUAAUGCAGUUAAAGAGACAGUGCACAAUGAAAAACCAAGCCAGGCUAGUCAACAAAACCCCUCUAAAUCUGAUACAUCCCUCCAAAAGAAUUUAUCUCCCAACACUGAUGUCACAAACAAAAACACAUUGGUUGUAUCUGAAUCAAAAGAAUCGAGUUUGACCACCAGCGUAACCCAUGCAUCCAUCAUCAGUUCCCAGUCCAAGCAGCUCCACAUGGGAACAAACAUGAAUGCUUUAAAAACCAUACAUCAUUCUGGAGCCACAAACACAACAAAUGACCAAACAUCUCAUCCUGAACACAACGAUAAGAAACCUCCACAAGAGCUCCAGCAUGUGCCUGUUAAACAGGACAGCAGUAGCAUCGAGUGCAUGGCGAAGGAUCUAAAACCAACAGGAAUCUCUCAAGAGGCUUCCUCCAGGCAGCCAUCGGCGUCUCCAAGUAACAAUGCAGCUGAUACCUCAAGUCACCAAAUGAAAGUGAUGGAUGAAGAAGUCCAAACGCAGGUAGCCGUUCCUGAAGAGCAAAAGCGGGUCCACUGCAAACUCUACCGUGAAGCCUCCACCAUGACAUCAACCGUUGAGUUUGGCAACCAAGCCAAAACACAAUGCCAAGACGUGGAAGUCCAAGCAGUGGCUGCGGUCUGCAGUCAAUCUACAGCUACUAGUCCUAGUCUUCUAUCUUUGCAACCCCGUCAGAGACAAGUUAGUCUAAUUCCCGAGGAGGCUGAAAGCCUAGCGGUAGUUAUUGAGGUGGACGCCACAGACAGUCCCUCACGUGUCAUCUCAGAGAUCUGUUUGACCGCACCAUCUGUCGUGUCGUCCACUAAUGAGAAGUCUCCACGAUCGGGCACAGUGAUGGUGCACGUAGGUGCUGACCUUCAACCGGAGUCAAAGCUCGGGGCCAAGCCUAAUGAGCCUGGGGAUUCUCAACACAACGCCCAAAGAGGAUUUUCGCCUCUUCAACCUGUUUAUCAAAUUAAUAUAGAGACAGGCAACCAAAACAAAUCUAAGGAAACUAGUCAAGUCACACCUGCUGUCUCAGCAUCUGGUCCUCAUACAGCAUCCAUCACGCAAGAUCCCAUCACAACAUCUGGUCAGGCCAAGCUUCCUGCAUCUAAAUUAACUCUCUCACAAUCUGAUUUGUCUUCUCAGACCAAUGUACCGUCGACAAAACCUCCAUCAAAUAUUACAAUGGACACUCCUCCAACGUCAAGCUCCACGCCGCAAGGCAAGAAGGCAGGAGCUUCCAAGCCAGAGCCGGAGAAAAAGAAGGAAGAGGACGAGGCAGCCAAGCAGAAGAAGAGCGUGAAUGACGUCGUGUGGGACGAGCAAGGUAUGACAUGGGAGGUUUACGGAGCGUCGGUUGAUCCAGAGUCGCUUGGCUUCGCCAUUCAAAGUCAUCUGCAGUGCAAAAUCAAGGAGCACGAAAAGUUGAUCAUAGCCAAGACGUCUCUCCGAAAAUCCUUAUCUUCAUCUCCUGGCAAGAAGAAAAAGAGGAGGCACGUCAACAUCAACUUCAGGACCAUGUUCCAAAACAUCAGGCGACCCAACUGUUGUACACGACCGUCGGCACAAGAGUGAAAGACUUAAGGUUUGUCGAUAGGUCAGUGUGAUCAAAUCUUCUGAGACUGUUCAAGUGCAAAGCAUGCUGGGAAGAUUUUGUUAAAUAUAUAGACACAUGGUGAUUUGAUUGUUGUGUGGAAAACAGUAACCUUAAAGAAAAUAUUUUCAGAGAAAUACUAAAUUAUUUAUGGUGAUAGUAAAGCUAUAGCAAUGUUUAAAGUGAAAUGGCAAUAAUUAUAAUUAAUAGAAUCAUAGUAAUGAUUAUGUGUAGUAAUAUGCAUGUAUAUUAGUUCAGAACCUAUUGUGGGAUCCAAGAUUAUGCACUGUAUUGAUCAGCAAAUGUAUGCAUAUAACUUUUAAGUUGAAUAUCUUUAUUCACGCUCAGAGUCGUAGUUUGUUUUGAAUACCAUAUUUUUAAUUUAGUGCCAAUCCUGAACUUGGUAAAAACGUAUCCAUUUUAUUUUUUAGAAAAGAUAAAAGCUUCUGCUUGUCAUUCUUGUAAAAAAAAGAGCCUGUCCAAGGAUUUGUCUUUGAUGGUGAUAUAUUAUAUGAUUUUAUAUUAAAACAAAUG